AUGGAAGCCCCAGAGGAACAGCAGACGCCGUUCAGCGCCGUGCAAGCCCAGACGAGCAAGUUGCAGAGGCAAUACCAAGCGCUCCUCGACCAGUCGACGCCCUUCGUCCUCUACCGCUGGGUCGGCACCGGCGUCGCCUUGCUCAUCUUCUUCCUGCGCGUCUUUCUUGCGCAAGGCUGGUAUAUCGUCGCCUACGCCCUCGGCAUCUACCUCCUCAACCUCUUCCUCGCCUUCCUCCAGCCCAAAUUCGACCCCUCCAACGAUGCCCUCGACAACGACAUGGAAGACGGCGCGGUAGGCGGCCUCCCGACCAAGCAAGACGAAGAAUUCCGCCCCUUCAUCCGCCGCCUGCCUGAGUUCAAGUUCUGGCACUCGGCCACGCGCGCCGUCGUCAUCUCCUUUGUCUGCAGCUGGUUCGAGGUCUUCAACGUCCCCGUGUUCUGGCCGGUCCUAGUCAUGUACUGGUUUAUGCUGUUUAUCCUGACGAUGAGGAAGCAAAUCCAGCAUAUGAUCAAGUACCGAUAUGUGCCUUUCACCAUUGGCAAGGCGCGCUAUACGAAGAACAGCUCGUGA